AUGGCCAAACGAAAGAAGGAACAAACCGUUAGUAGUACCGAUCAUGAAGAAGAGGACGAUCCAGAAACCACGACUUCUAGCAACAAGACGAAUGAUGAAGAGAAGGAGACUAAAAAAGUGAAAAUGUCAUCCCAACCACAACAACAACAACCAAAUCUUCCCCGAUCAUCAUCCACAUCUUCCGAUGAAAAUCCAAUUCACACCAAAUUAAAGGAAUUAGAUAGCUGUGUCAAUUUCAAAACCAUCAAGGAAUUUGAAGAUACUUUUACUUCUAUUACAGAUUAUUUGUUUAAUCACGUAGAAUUAAUUGUGAAGGAUAAGACAUUUAGACUUGCAGAAGUAGAAUAUUAUUAUACUUGUCCACCAGUUCACAAUGAUCCGUUCAGCCACUGUCAUGAAUUACAAGCUACUAAAGGUGAAUGGUACUUUCAUCAAUCACUAGCAAAAACAAAUGAUAAUAAUUACAAGGGAGGAAGUUAUCAAGGAUUGGAUAUCACGAUAGGUUGUGGAAAGUUCAAAGGAGGAGUGUUAAUUAGAAGUUUAUUGGAUGGAGAAAAGUUGAUUGAAGGACCUUCUUUGUGUGUGGAUGCAAUCAUCAACACGUACGAUUGUAAAACCAUUCAUGAAUUUGUUACUAAGCAUUUUCCCAAGCAAAAACACUUUGCUGCAUUGGACACCAAAUCAGCAUUCUACUUGAAGCCAAAAGCAACACCAACUUCUGAUAAAUUUGUGAGAAGUGGACGAGUUGGGUUAACAUUGAAACAAAAAACAAACGAAAAAGAGAGAGUUCAAUAUAUCUUUAAGCCAUACAGAUAUUGCUUGAAACCAGAAAAGAUGAAGAAAGGCAAGCAUUUAAUGGCUAUUGUUCUCUACAAGGAGCUGUUAGAAAAAGGUGAAACAGAUGUUGUAAAGAAGGUUGAGAAAAUGAUAGGUACAUCCGGACUUGGCAAAUACUUUACAAUUUUUGAGGGUAAGAAAGAUAGUGCGUUUGGUUCGGUAAGCGAUAUUGAUCCUGGAAAGUUGACAGAUUAUACCAAGGAUUUGAAUACUCAACAAACGUAUGAACUUGCUGGAAUUCUUACAAAUGUGUUCAUGUAA